CUGCUCCCUCUCUUCCAUCCACUUCGCCCUAACGCACACCCACCUACCCGCUCUUUUUUCUCUGAAACACUCUCAACUCAAGAACAUGCUCUCAUCUACCUCCUUCAUUCUUCAAACCCUAAUUUCGCUUCUUCUUCCCAUCAAUGAAGCAAUCUCCAUACCGUAUCAAUCCCACAACCACCACCUACUCCUCCAAAUUCACUCCAAAAUUUAUCAUCAAGUUCGACCCUGUUCUGCCCUCCAAACCCAGAAUUCUCACUUUCAAACCCUUCUCCUUUCACUCCCCCGAUUCCUCUUCCUCUCCCACCGAAACCCUAAUCUCAAUCCUCCGAAUUGUUCCUGAUUGGGCUGACCGCGUGAAGGAGCGUGGCAUGCAAAAGAAACGAACCCUCUACGACCACGAGAAAUGGGUUCAACACAGAAGCUCUCUACGCCACCUCCGUCACCUUCUGUCCAGUCUCUCUUCCCGCGUCAUCUUGUCCCUGGUGCCGCCGGUGAUUGCUUUUACUACGUUUGCUGCGCUGAUUGCGAGUUAUAAUUCUGCGGUUUUGACGCAUUGGCUGCCGGAGUUUUUCCCGGUACUGAGGGCUUCCUCAUUGCCGUACCAGUUGACGGCGCCGGCAUUGGCGCUGCUGUUGGUUUUUAGAACUGAGGCGUCGUAUUCGAGGUUCAUGGAGGGAAAGAAGGCUUGGACGACGGUGAUUUCUGGGACACAUGAUUUUGCUAGGCAGGUAAUGGCAGUGGCUGAGUGUCCGGGUGAUUUACAUAUCAAGAAGGCACUUCUGCAGUAUAUUAUGGCAUUCCCAGUGGCGCUUAAGUGUCAUGUAUUAUAUGGCUCAGAUGUUAAGAGAGACCUCCAACAUGUGCUGGAAGUAGAUGAUCUUGCAGUACUUAGUAAUUCAAAACAUCGUCCUCGCUGUAUCAUUGAGUUUAUCUCUCAAAGUCUUAAAAUGCUGAAGUUGGAGGGUUCAGUAAGGAAUGUCUUGGAAUCAAAGGUUACUUGUUUCCAUGAAGGAAUUGGCGUCUGUGAACAACUUAUGGGUAUUCCCAUUCCACUGUCAUAUACCCGUUUGACGUCAAGGUUUCUUGUCCUUUGGCACUUAACACUCCCUAUUAUUCUUUGGGAUGACUGCCAUUGGAUAGUGGUUCCUGCUACCUUUGUUAGUGCUGCCUCUUUGUUCUGCAUUGAAGAAGUUGGUGUUCUUAUAGAGGAGCCAUUUGCAAUGCUUGCUCUUGAUGAUCUCUGUGCAAAGGCCCACAAAGACAUUCAAGAAGCAAUUGCAACUGAAAAUUUGAUUCAAGCACAGAUCGCUGCAAAGCGAAACUGCCAUUCGAAGGAGCAUUCACCAAAUGGCUGGCCUAACUCCUAGAUGAAAAAGAAACUUAACUGUGAUUAUCUUCUCCAACUUCAGCUUUAGGUGGCACUGUAUAUGUUAUCAGCCAAAUUAAUAUUAGGAACGUGUCUCAUUUUGUAAAUACCUCAUUAUAUUUGUGCAUAUGGAAGUUUGGCAAUCUUUCUAUUAAUGAUCACAAAGUUCGUCAA